AUCGUUUUUUUUAAAUAAGAAAAAUAAAAAAAUAACAUUACAUAAUCCUGACAAUAGAAGGAGAAUCAUGCCGUAUACUAUUCAAUGAUUAAUUUGCAAAUGUCUAUUCACCAUAAAUUACAUCAUAGUUUUUAUUUGUUUAUUAUAAUCUCUAAUGUAAUUUUAUGUGACUUGGAAUAUAAAGUAAAAAAUCAUUCUAAAAAUGAUAAACAUAUAAAUAUACAAAAAACAUUCAAUGAAGUAUUGAAUAAAUGGAUAGAAACUUAUCAAAUAGAUCAAUCCAAAUAUUCAAUAAAUAAACAAUCUAUAGAUAUUACAAUGAAAAGUAAACCAAUUCAAUUCAAUCAAUUCAAGGAACUUAAUCCUAAUGAUGAUCGUGGUGGUGGUGGUGGUGGUGGCGGUGAUGAUGAUGAUGAUUUGAUUCAUGGAAAUCAUCUUCAUGAGAUUAAUUAUUUUAAAGAUAAUCCAAAAUAUGAAAAUAAAACAGUAUGUAAAAGUAAAUAUACUUGGAGAGAUAUUUCGUUGCCAUGGAAAAUUUUAAUGAAAAAUUUCAAUCCAAAUUGUACUCAUAUUUUGGGUAAUUUAAUUGUAUCCGGGGUAGAUGAAGAUGAUGAUGUAACGUUGUUAGAUAAUAUAGAAGAAAUAUCUGGUUAUUUAAUUAUAUAUGGAGUUGGUCGUAAAGAAUUACGUUUAUCCCGGUUAAAAUUAAUUAAAGGUCAUGAAUGGAUAUUAUUUAAAUCAAGAAAAGUUGCAUUACUUGUUAUCAGUAAUUAUAAACAAAUUAAUGAACAUCAUGAUAAUUAUUCAAAUGAUUCAAUACCAUCUUCGAAUGUAUCAUCACAAUGGAUUAGAUCUGUGAAUGAUAAUGGGAAACAGAGCUGUUGUACAAUAUGGUAUCUAUUUUUAUGA